UAGAUGAACUAACAUCCCCUCGAUCGCAUGUUUCUCUCCUCACUUUACAACAGUUUGGAGUCUGAGUUUUAGUCUGAGAGUUUUUUUCCCUCUCUUUCCAUGUGUUCCUUCCCCUUGCUCCUGGUCCGCCAGUGAUGCUCUUUCGUUUUGUGUACUUGCUUUAAAACUUGUGUUGUAAUUUUAAUUCUAUUUCACCAUAAUCAUAAAAAAGACAAUCGAUCACCAACAAUAAUAUUUAAAGUAGGGUUAGGGAAUGAUCUUAUACUUGGUAGUGAAAACUGAUAAGGAUAAUCAACACUGGUAUCAAGCAUGGCUCAGUCGUCCCAAGACUUCGCGUCAGUCGCGCUAAUAUAUUACGUGCCGUUAACAUUAAUCGCUCGAAAUAAGUUAUCUUGCAAUGGACCAAACACAUAGGGUUGCAAUUUGGCUGUUUGAGAUACACAUUCACGAAUCUCGACCGCGGUCUCAUGUCGUUGUGCUUUUAACAUAAAGUAAAGUCUAAGUUACUUGUGGUGGUAAAAUUCUUCCCGAUUGCACAUCUUAUCACCGUUAGUAGUUUUGCUAUGCCCACGUAAUCAGAUUUGGUGAACUAAUGGUCAAAGAAUUCUCCCAUACUUAUAUGAAACAAUGUACACUCUAAAAUGGAACGGUUUGCAACUCUUUCAAACGGGAAAAGAACCCUUUUCCGCAACAACAAAAAGAUUUCUAGUACGCCAUGUAUAUAUUUUGCUUCUACUAAAUGAGUUUUCCAUUGUUCUAGUUAAAUAGUUUCUCCCCAAUAGUGUAUUUUCUUACCAUAUCCACUUGCUGAGUUGCUGUUCCACUUUUCCACUAUUGGCAAUUACGUCCCUUUCCGUGUUGGGACAGGAUUAAGUGGGGAGUGACAAUGGCAAAAUUCCAUUGCUACUCGAUUGUUUCUUUUUGGGGCAAAAGAUAUCCCAUGUUACAAGUGUUUUCCUCGUUGCCUGAUCAUAUUAUAGUAAUGCUUAAUUAGAUAGUGCAAUAAUCUGAUCAACUUUAGAUUAGAUGAAGGGAAGAUGAAUGGAAGUGAGGUGAACCAAGUCAUCACUUGUGUCUUGGGCUCUUGGCCUCUAAAGAGAAGGUAAUUCAUACGUAACAAAUCGAAUUAUUUAAACUUUUGAAAGAUGGUUGGGACUGCCCACUGCUCAGCAGAAUUCGAUUUAGGUUAACACCAUUCAACUGCCACCAAUGUGAUUUAUCUUUCCUAUAUUCUUGAUUUACUUCUCAUAUUUUCGGUCAAAAUCAAUGUUGUCAAAACCGAACCGGAGCAUGACCCGAUAACGUGAAUGGUUCGCACUUUAGUGGUCCAACUGAUAUUAAGCCGUUAAUACGUUAGAGAACCGGUACUUUAUAAACAAUAAUAUCAUAGCAGAACACACAUAAAGUAAUAAUUCAAUAAUUUAAUGAGUAAAAAUGAUAAUUACAGGUACAUUUAGUAAUUCUACACAACAUAUAUAUAGCAACUAAAAACAAACCCUAACCUAAUCCUAAGGAGCAGCGCCGCUUCCGCACCCCUCACUCUCCUUCCUUCCGCUUCCCCCAUCCCCCAUCCCCCUCCCUCUCUCCUUCCUCCUCUCCCACCGCCGCACCUAUUUUUAUUUUUCAGCCGCUAUAGCCUUAUGCAAAUCCUCAAAAAACCCAUCACCACAUUCAAUUCUUCCUCAUCCUUUCUUAACCCGUAAAUGCUCUUCCUCGUCCCAAUCCGCGAAAUGGCUCGGAUUCAAUCCAAACCUCUGGUGAGACAUGGCAGCUUAGUGGGGACCUGCUUGCGACAAUGGCGACGGGACGGAAGCACCGGGAGCGAGGAGCUGCUUGCUACAACAAGGAAUGGCGAUAGCGACUGGGGAUGGCGAUGCCGUCGGGAAGCGCCGAUGCCGGGACAAGAGGUGUUGACGGCGACUAGGGUCGAAGACGAAGAAAUUAAAUGAAUUAGAGUUAGGGUUUUGUUUGGCUGCCCCAGACCCAUGAUUUCCCUUGCCCUUCUCGAUUUCAAUUUUAAAUUUUUUUUAGGUAAACAAAACGGCCGGAAAGGGGGAACCGCGAGACCGGCUCGAGUGAUUAACCGCCUCGGCCGCUGUAUAAACCCGUAUCGGUUAAAUAGCUGAUCCGAGCCGGUUUUACGGCCUGGUGGCGACUUUAGCGGUCCGGCCGACCGGCUCGGUUCGGUUUUAACAAUACUGGUCAAAACGACCAUCUCCGUUGUCGGAUAAACUUUUGAUGCAUGCGACGCCACUGAUCGGUUGCUCUAUUAUGUGUAGUAUAUAAGCGUUGUAUUGGUCACUAUGGAAUCAUUGGUGCGUGUUCCAAAGAUGUAUACACCUAGCAUCUCCUAAGUUCAGGGCCUCUUUGUCGACCCGAAAAUUCGAUUGAUAAAUUGUAUCCGAACUUGGGAUAAAAAAAUGUUUUGGAAUUAUUCAACCAACCACCUCCUUUACACAUGUUGAAUUAGUGUAAAAGACGAUACAUUUUGACCUUUGAAUCAUUCCCUACAAUCUACAUAGAUAUGCAUCAACAUUUGAUGUCAUAUAUACAUGGUAUCAUGUAAUAAUCUUGUGAUUCUUGUCUUAUGAUUUCGCCCGAUUUGUAAUAUAAUAUCUGGCUCUCUGCCUACUGGUGAGGAAGAGAAACUGAAAAAUAAUGACCAACUAAUUAAUCUCCAUUCUCAUUAUAUAUGCAGUCAAUCAACUUAGCUUAUGGAGUUUGAAGGCAUAUAUCUCCUGGCAAGAUAUACACUAUUUACCGUCCCACAAAUUCCUCAGGAAUUAAUAAAUUUAGGAAAGUUUGUAUUCAUUAAUUCAUAUAAAAUAACUAGGAAAUUAAAUCAAGAUAUAUAGUAUCCUACGAACAUAAGGCAUUACUACUAGAUUUUUCCCCAUAUAAAUGCUGUCUACAACAAAUAGUUGUCAUUCAAUCACAUAUAAAAGUCAACUUGAGUAGAUGACCCAAAAAAUAAUUUAUAAAUGAUCGAUCAAAAAGUUAGGAAACAUAAUAUCUAUGAUGUGAUGGCAAUUGAUCAUAAUGUAAUUAUAUUUGGUUUUCAGUGAACUAAUCUUGAUAUACUCAUUACAACUAACUUCAUUUGUUUAAUUUACGUAAUUUUGUGUUUCCACUCACAAAUGCAUCGUCGUAAGGUAAGGAACAUCUCAUUGAAGUGAACCAUGGUUGACCGCAAGAGUAAAACUCUCAUAAAUUUAGAAUAACUUACGAACUUUACUAUAUUUGACAUGGAGAAUUUCGAAUUUGUCUAUUUUUGUUGGAGGUGUGAUAUUAACUUGCGUAAUGCGUAUAAACGAUUACGGCAUUAACGGUCUCAACCUCAUUACAAGGCGUCUCAUCUCAAGCUUAAGUCCACCGGUGGCACAGACUCCUAUCUAAAGAGUCUCAAGCCUUCAAAGAAAGGGGAUUCUCUUCCCUUCUCCCAUUUCACCGCACAUGAUUAUCUCUCUAAACUCUCUCUACCUUCAUAUGCACCAUUAUUCAUAUCUCGUACCAACUUGAUCAUCGAAUCGUAGAUUACAAGAGCCGCCCUCUCCUCUCCACAAAUUCUUCCACUCUCGAGGAGAUUAGACGAGGGAAUCCGGAUGGAAGCUCCCAAAUAUUACUGUUACCAGCAUGGGUACUUCUUAGGUCGAAUUCAAAUUGUAUGAGGACAAGAAAUUCGAACUAACUCAUUUUACAAAAUUAGACAAUUGACCAAAAAUAAUUGUCACGUUUAUGAAUGGAUCCAUCCCAACAACCCUUAGUUUUCUUUCUUCUCCUAGAAAAAUUGUCUUGACUGGAGUUACACAACAUUACUCACUUAUAGGGAUCAAUUGAGUUAUGAUCCUAUUUCUUGUCAUAAAAAAACAAAUCCAUUACUUAGGA